AUAAUACAUAAAAAAAGAGGGCAGUUCGGAAGUGAUAAAUAAUCUCAGGCCAAGUGAUUGAUUCCAUGGAGAAAAUGGAGAAGAAAUCGGCAGCACUACAGAUCGGCAAUCAGUCAAAUCUCUUCAUUGAAUAUUGAAUAAUGCAAUGAUCAUAUCAAAAUUAGGCCCUUCAUAAUCUACUAUUGCUUGGAAGAUAGCAAGAGCCUUUAAAAAAAAUAAUAAAAAAAAUCAGAAGGCUAAAAUUUUGAAUAGGCCUGGCAAGGGGUAUGGCAGCCUAACGAUCGAUUGAGUUCCUCAUCAACGAUCAUAUGCUUUAAGGAUGAAAAGCCCACAGCAGCGGCAUCACAUCAGUCUCCAAUUAUCAACUUCUGACGGCAACAGCCCCGUCAUCUUCUCAGGCAGUAACAUGGUGACUUAUGAUAGAAUUGGCUCCUUCACCGUCCUCUUCCUUGAACGGUCUGGGAUGGAAUCGAAUCCUUCAUUGCCUUUUUCUUUUUGGAGCGGCCUGCGAUAGAAUGGAAUUCUUCAUUGUCUCCUUCUUUUUGAAACAGCCUGCUAUGGAUGGAGUCCUUCAUUGUUUAAUUUGGUCAGCCUGCUAUGGAUGGAGUCCUUCAUUAUUUUUCUUCUUUGGGCAACCUUCUAUGGAUGGAAUCCUUCGUUGUUUGGGCAACCUGCUAUGGAUGGGAUCCUUCAUUGUUUUCUUCUUUGGGCAGCCCCCUAUGGAUUGACUCCUUCAUUGUCCUCUUCUUCGAAGAACCUGAUGUAGAACUGGCUCCUUCAUUGUCUUCUUGUUUAAACGACCUGCGUUGGAACCGGCACCUUGAGCGUUUCCUUCAUUAAAUGACCUGCGAUGGAAUGAAAUCCUUCAUUGCCUUCUUCUUUAAACAAACUGGCCUGCCUCAUUAACGAAUUUCCCCUUCAUGGACCUUCUCCUUUGAAUAACCUGCUUCUGGGCGGGGGGAAAUCUCAGCAACACCCUGCUUCCUUCAGUAUCCGGCGGCAAUGGAAAACCAGAACUCAGGUUCCCCUCCUUUCGGCAAAUUUGGACGGUGAUUAUUCAGAAUGUUUAAAUUAGCAACAACAGAAGAAUUCGAGCACCCACGUUAACCUUCUUGAUCGGCUUUGAACCGUGCAUCAACAAACCCCCAGCCGGCGACAUCACGAACUCAGCUUCCUCUGCACCUGGGAUUUUGGACAGCACCUUCUCUCUCUGGCGAACCGCAAACGGCGACAGCAACGGGAACUCUUCGGUGAACAAUAUCAGCAAUCAGGUUCUUCCUAUGCUAAACAAACAGAGUAAAAUCGGAAGAAAUUAGUUGCGGCAGUGCAUCCUUAAAGCUCCUGAUUUUUGAACCUCGACCUUCCUCUUUCUCAAAUUGGCACUACUGGCCCAACAACGAACAGGAAGAAGAACAAUGUUCCGCUAUCAUAAAUUCCGAGUAUUUUCAGUAAUUGACCUUUGUUUUCCCGAUUUAAUUCGUCAAUACGGUGGCACCGUUUCAAACCAGCGGAUUUGGUUGACCUGCGAUACAGAAGAAAAGAAAUAUCAUGAAGAGUAUAUGAUUUUACCUUAACUUUGCUCUCUUUGCUUCGAAAAAAUAUAGUCUCUCGAUCGGUUAUGCCUGCUGCUUGAACUUGUUGUUGCACAAGUCAAUUCCUGAUGAGUUCUAUUUAUAGAGUAUUGAGAGAGUUCGAUUUCUAGUACAAUUCAAGUACUAAAGAAGGAUGCAAAGCCUGAAUUCGAUUUACGAUUCGAAAAAAACGUAUGCCUUGAUUUCUUGAGUUCAAAAAGAACUAGGGGAGUAUCAUGCAGAGUCUUAAUUGGGGUGGAAUUCAUAAUUACGCAUAGCAUGGCUAGAAU